AUGUCUGAUGCCAUAUUUGCCCGUCAGCCCACUCAAGGGACAUGGGGUAUCCUACUGAGUGGUCUGGUUGAAGAAUUCCUGCUGGGGACACAGAACGAGGUUUGCAAGAUCGUCCAGUUGUUCCUGGGAAUUGAGGUCUAUGAACGCAAGGUCGAAACGCUUUGGACGUUGCCGGAGGGAAGAUGGAACAGAGAGAUUGGUUUCGGCAUGAUCAGGUGCAAGAGGAUGUCCCUUGAUAGUGCAAUCCACCAAACGCAACCCGUAAACUCCGGGUAUUGA